AUGAUGGAAAUUAUCAAUAACCCAGAGACACUAAAACAAUUGUCAGAAGAGGAGCAAGAAUCGUUACGAGCGGAUAAUCAACGAAACACUAGAAGAUUUUUAGAAGCGGACAAGAAUCAGGAUGGUCAACUGGAUCGAGAAGAGUUUGGCGCAUUUCUCCAUCCCCACACUGCCGAGUGGAUGCAAAGAUGCCUCGCUAUAGAAGCUCUCGAAGCUAUGGACACAAAUGACGAUAGCUUCGUCGACGAAGAUGAGUUUCUGAAGCACGUGAUUGGAGAUGCCAAAACCGUCAAUGAACAAUGGCUUAAUAAUGAACGGCGUAAAUUCAAGGAGAACCUCGACGUUGAUCCAGCGGAUGGGCACCUCGAUGCAGAUGAACUUAUUCGUUUUAUCAGCCCAGAAAAUGGAAAUCACAUCGAAAUGGAAGUCAGCAAUUUAGUGCACCAAACCGACAAGGACGACGAUCUUCGUUUGUCGAGAGAGGAAGUUGUAAACAACUUCAAGCAUUUCUUUGCUUCUCAGGCGACAGAAUGGGGAAAACGAAUUCUAACCCACCACGAUGAGCUCUAA